AUGACGGCAGAUGUAGCAAUGACGGUGGCGGAUGAUACGACGGGGUUAACGAGUUACUAUGAGAAGAAGAUUGAACACUUGGAACUGACGGUGCGUGAUGAAACGCAGAAUUUGCGACGUCUACAAGCGCAACGUAACGAGCUCAAUUCAAAAGUUCGCUUGUUGCGUGAAGAGUUACAACUACUUCAGGAACCCGGAUCGUAUGUGGGUGAAGUAGUCAAGCAAAUGGGCAAGUCAAAAGUGCUGGUUAAGGUGAAUCCAGAGGGUAAAUAUGUUGUGGAUGUGGACAAGACCAUUGAUAUUACCAAGUGCACGCCCAAUACGCGUGUGGCACUCAGGAACGAUAGCUAUGUGCUACACAAGAUCUUGCCUACUAAGGUGGAUCCACUAGUGAGCUUGAUGAAAGUGGAAAAGGUGCCGGACUCGACGUACGAUAUGAUUGGUGGUCUAGACAAGCAGAUUCGGGAGAUCAAGGAAGUCAUUGAGCUUCCUAUAAAGCAUCCAGAGCUCUUUGACGCUCUGGGUGUAGCCCAGCCCAAGGGUGUGUUGCUCUAUGGACCACCUGGUACAGGCAAGACGUUGCUCGCUCGUGCAGUGGCACACCACACGGACUGCACGUUCAUCCGUGUGUCGGGUGCUGAACUGGUCCAGAAGUACAUUGGUGAAGGAUCACGGAUGGUCCGGGAACUUUUUGUCAUGGCUCGUGAAGCGUCACCGUCAAUCAUUUUUAUGGACGAAAUUGACUCCAUCGGUAGCUCGCGUAUGGAAGGUGGUGGUGGUGACUCUGAGGUGCAGCGUACUAUGCUCGAGCUACUGAACCAGCUAGACGGUUUUGAGCCAGCCCAGAAUAUCAAGGUCAUAAUGGCCACAAACCGUAUUGAUAUCCUAGAUGCGGCGCUGCUGCGUCCAGGUCGUAUUGACAGAAAGAUUGAAUUCCCAAACCCGACGGAAGGGUCGCGCAUUGAUAUCAUGCGCAUCCACUCGCGAAAGAUGAACCUCCUGCGUGGCAUUAACCUGAAGAUUAUUGCCGAGAAGAUGCCGACUGCUUCGGGUGCCGAGUGUAAAGCUGUGUGUACGGAAGCCGGCAUGUUUGCGUUGCGUGAACGGCGGAUCCACGUUACUCAAGAAGAUUUUGAAAUGGCUGUGUCCAAGGUCAUGAAGAAAGACUCGGAGCAGAACAUGUCGAUCAACAAGCUUUGGAAGUAG